AUGAAAUUUCAGUACCUUGAGCUGGUGGUUAUAAUGUUCGAAAGUCGUGGAUUAGAUUUUACAAAUUUAAACUGCACUUCCCUGGAUAAAACAUUCUGUGACUUUAAUUAUUGCUAUUUGAAAGCGGAAAAUCGAACUUAUAAGCAUUUGUCCCUUAGGGUUAAUCUCUACAAAAUACCAGUUAAGAAUUUUAAGGUAAAUAUCGCUCUAUAUAAACGAUCCAAUGGUUUGAGGCCGAUGAGCUCUAACUUGACUGUUGAUGGCUGUAAAGCUUUAGCUGGCCAAAAAAUUCCAUGGGUAAAAUUCCUUUUCAGCCUCUUUACAGAGCACUCAAACCUGAAUCAUUCGUGCCCUUUUGAUCAUGAUAUAAUAGUGGACAAGCUGCCAGCUCAGUUUGUUUUUCAGAAGUUUAACUCCUUUAUACCAUUUCCCGAGGGAGACUAUGUUUUUUCCAGCAAUUGGAUUGCUUACGGCAUAAAUCGUGCCAAUGUGAGGGUGCACGUGACGUAUACGUGA